AUGGGCGCCCUCGAGGGCGGCCUGGUGGGCCUUGGCCGGCGCUGGCCCCGGCUGGCGGACGCCCUGCUGCUGGCGGCGGUCCUGCUGCUGGCGGCCGGCGUGCGUCUGUGGCGCCUGGGCGCCUCCGGUGUCGUGACCUGGGACGAGGCGCACUUCGGCAAGUUCGCCCUCUACUACGCCCUCGGGCGCUUUCACUUCGACGUGCAUCCGCCGCUCGGGAAGAUGCUGCUGUAUGCGUGGGCCACGCGUGUGUGCGGCUGGGCCCCGGUGGCCCUGGACCGGCACCCGGGCGAGGCGUGGUCCCGCGUGGCGGCCUUCGAGUUUGCCUCCAACGCGCCGUACCAGGGGUCCGGCGUGCCGAUCGAGUGCUUCCGGUCGGCCUCGGUGCUGGCCGGGGCCCUGGGCGCGACCAGUGUCGCGGCCACGGCCCGGCUGUCCGGCCUGGCCCACGGCCCCAGCGCCCUGGCCGGCCUGCUGGUGGCCCUCGACCUGGCCAAUGUCCAGCUCAGCCGCCUGGUGGUUCUGGACCCGCUGCUCUUCCUGUUCACCGGGCUGUCGCUGCUGGCCACCGUGUGGUACGCCAACGGGCGCAUGGCCCGGCCGCGGCCCGGCCCCUGGGCCCGCGCCCUCAUCCUGGCCCUCGUCAAUGGCCUGGCCCUGAGCGUCAAGUGGGUGGGCCUCGGGGCGUACGGCCUGUCCGGGCUGGUCGGGCUCGGGGUGGGGCUGGCCCGGCUGCGCGGGGCUCUGGCCUGCGGGGCCGGGCGGACCGGCCGGCGGCGCGCCGGGCCCCGGCCGCUGGCCCGGCGCCUGGCCCGCGAGCUCGGCCUCCUGGCGCUGCAGGCCGCCGGGCCCUGGGCCGUGUACUGCGCCUCCUUCGCCUGGCACUUCCGGGUGCUGGGCACCUCCGGCCCCGGGGACAGCAUCAUGCCGGCCGACUUCCAGGCCGCCCUGGCCGGGAAUUACCUGGCCACGCACUCCACCCGGUGGGAUGCGCCGGUCCGGGGCCACCCCGGGCCGCCGGGCGCCAGCCCCGCCGCCCGGUCCAUGGUCACCCUGCGCCACGCGGCCUCCGGCGGGCUGCUGCACUCGCACCGCGACCGCUGGCCCGACCUGCCCGGGCCCCACCAGCAGGUGACCGGCUACCAAUUCCACGACGUCAACAACCACUGGCUGGUGGCGGCCCUGCCGGGGCCCGGGGCCCGGCCCCCGGCCGGGGCCAGCCUCGGCCCCGGUUCGGUCGUGCGCCUGGAGCACCGAGCCACCGGGGCCCGGCUGACGGCCCUGGCCGCGGCCACCGCCGGGCCCGGCCUCCAGCCGGGGCACCUCCGGGUGUCGGCCCUGCCGGGGCCCGGGGCCGGGCUCGCGGCCGAGGCCGGCUUCGGCGCCGACCUGUGGGAGGUGAUCGCCCUCCCCGGCCCCCGGGGAUCCGCGCCGCUGGACAUCCGGCCGCUGGACACGCGCUUUGCCUUGCGCAACCGCCGGCACCGGUGCCUGCUCGGGGCCUCGACCCUGUCGCUGCCCAAGUGGGCCUUCGAGCAGAAGUACGUCUUUUGCGCCGCGCCCGGCACCGCCGCCGAGUCGGCCGAGGCCUGGUCCGUGGAGAUGCACCGCUUCGAGGACGACCCCCCGCCCGGGGGCCCCCUGCCAGGCCAGCCCUUGGCGGCCAGGCCUCCGGGCUUCUGGCGGUCCUUCGUCCACCUGAAUCGAGCCAUGGCCCGCGCCAACGCCGACAUGACCGACCCCCAGACGGCCGGGACCUCGGCAGCCGGGCCCGACGCUCAGCCCGGCCUCCGCCGGGCCCUGGAGCAAGUGCACCCCGACAUGCUGGACGGCCCGCGCAUGGUGCACGCCCGGCGCGACCGAACCCGCAUCACCUCCCGGCCGGCGGAGUGGCCGCUCGGCCUGCACGCCAUCCGCAUCACGCACUGGGCCGGCCCGGAUGCCGAGGACGACGGGCCGGAAGACGACCACGACCACCCCCACCAGGAGGACCCGCAGCACCUGCCGCCCGAGCACGCCGGGCUCCUGCCCACCGACCCGGCCGACGAGACGGGCGACUCGGACAUCGCGGCCACGCGGCCGCUGGCCGGCCCGGCCGGCCCGGCGCCGGAUGCCCCGGCCCCCGGCCCGGCCGCCAAGCAGGCCCAUGUGCGGCUGAUGCUCGGCGGGUCGCUGGCCUGCUGGGCCGGCGGCACCAUGGCCGUCGCCCUGCUGGCCGGGGCCCUGCUGGCCGGGGCGCUGGCCGACGCGCGCCUCGGCCGCGCCCCCCCCGGCGGGGCCUAUGCCCGCCUGUACCGGCCGGCCGUGGCCGUCAUCGGCUGGCUGGCACACUACCUGCCCUUCUGGGCCGUGGGCCGGGUCAUGUAUGUGCACCACUUCCUGCCGGCCACAGCCUUCGGGGCCCUGGCCGCCGGCCAUGUGGCCCAGCUUCUCCAGGGCACCGGCCCGCCGGUCGGGCACCUGGCCAUCCUGGCCGCCGGGGAGUUCCUCCUCCGCCGGGCCACCGUGUACGGCAUGACCGGCCACCCGGACGGGUACCUGGCACUCCGGUGGACCGACGGCUGGCCCUUCUGA